AUAUCCUAACAUUCAGGAAGAUAGAAUAUUGUAGAGUUAAACCGUAAAAUGUUCGAUUCCGUGGGUGCCUGUGGGAAUUUCGCUUAGAAACGGUGUGCAAAACCAGGCAUAUACACAAAACACAACCAUGGCUGCCGGGAAAUGGGUGGGGGUGGCUGAGCGGGUGCUCCUGGGGGUGAUGGGGGUCAAAGGGGGAGCUAGCUUGGCUGUCCUGGGGAUGUGCGUGUUCUUCUUCGCCAGUGCCACGCACGCGAACUCCCUGAAUGCCAUCGAGGAGCCCGUCACCCGGCGCCACCACCAGCGGCAUCACGAGCGGGAACGCGAGCGGGAGGAGAACGGCUACUGCGCUCCGUACAGCGGCAAGGUGUGCAAGGAGUACCUAACCGGCCAGGUGUGGUACAGCCUGGAGGAUCCCACCGGCGGAUGGAAGAACGAGCAGGUGACCACGGCCCUCUGGGACGAGCUAAUCUCCGACCUCACGGGUCUGUGCCGCGAGGCUGCCGAGAAAAUGCUCUGUGCCUAUGCCUUCCCCAACUGCCACUUGGAGGGUGGUCGAGCUGUGAAGGCUCCCCUCUGCUUCGAGGACUGCCAGGCGACGCACCUGCAGUUCUGCUACAACGACUGGGUGCUCAUCGAGGAGAAAAAGGAGCGCAACAUGUUCAUCAAGAGCCGCGGCCACUUCCGGUUGCCCAACUGCUCCUCCUUGCCGCACUACAACGCCUCCAUGCGGCGGCCCAACUGCUCCUAUAUCGGACUCACCGAGCUCAAGGAGUCGGAAGUGAGCUACGACUGCCGCAAUGGCAACGGGCGCUUCUACAUGGGCACAGCGAACGUGUCAAAGUCGGGCAUUCCCUGCCAGCGCUGGGACACUCAGUUCCCCCACAAGCAUUUCCAACCGCCUCUGGUCUUCCAUCAGCUCCUGGAGGGCGAGAACUACUGCCGGAAUGCGGGAGGCGAGGAGCCGCAUCCCUGGUGCUACACCGUGGAUGAAUCGGUGCGCUGGCAACACUGCGAUAUACCGAUGUGCCCGGAUUACGUUGACCCGAAUGCCGGCGAUUUGAGUACGCCGAUCAAGAUGGAAAAGUUCUUCACGCCCUCGAUGAUUUUCCUGCUGGCUGGCAUUGGUUUCGUGGCCAUCGUGACACUGCACCUGAUGAUCCUGCUCGUCUACAAGCUGUCCAAGCACAAGGACUACUCCCAGCCCCCAGGAGCUGCCACUGCCACUGCCGAUUGCAGUGUUUCCAUGCGCGGAGGAGGAGAGUGCGGCGGGAAUCUGAACACCAGUCGGGAGACCCUUGGGAACACCAACACCCUGGCCAAGUGGGGCACCAUCCGCAGCACAGCCACGGUUCACAGCAAUUGCGUGGCCCUGACUACGGUAACCAGUGUGCCGGAUGGAAAGGGCACGAAACCCAAUGCCCGCCUGGAGAAGCUGGAAUACCCGGGGGAUAUAGUCUAUGUGAGAUCCCUCGGGCAGGGAGCCUUCGGUCGCGUCUUCCAGGCCCGAGCUCCUGGACUCGUACCAGACCAGGAGGAUCUGCUGGUGGCCGUGAAGAUGCUCAAGGAUGAUGCCAGUGACCAGAUGCAAAUGGACUUUGAGCGCGAGGCCUGCCUGCUGGCCGAGUUCGAUCAUCCCAACAUCGUUCGUCUGCUGGGCGUGUGCGCCUUGGGCAGACCCAUGUGCCUGCUGUUCGAGUAUAUGGCGCCCGGGGAUCUCAGCGAGUUCCUGCGUGCCUGCUCCCCAUAUGCCACCCACCAGGCGCCGACGCGGGAUCGCCUGCAGCUGAAUGAGCUGCACCUACUGCAGAUGGCCGCCAACAUUGCAGCGGGCAUGUUGUAUCUCUCGGAACGAAAGUUCGUGCACCGCGAUUUGGCCACGAGGAAUUGCCUGAUCAACGAGCACAUGGCGGUGAAGAUCGCCGACUUUGGGCUCUCCCACAAGAUCUAUCUGCAGGACUACUACAAGGGCGAUGAGAACGACUUCAUCCCCAUUCGCUGGAUGCCGUUGGAGAGCAUCCUGUACAACAAGUUCUCGCUGGAGUCGGAUGUGUGGGCCUACGGCAUCUGCCUGUGGGAGGUCUUCUCCUUCGCCCUGCAGCCGUACUUUGGGUUGACGCACGAGGAGGUGAUCAAGUACAUCAAGGAGGGCAACGUGCUCGGGUGUCCGGACAACACGCCGCUCUCCGUCUACGCGCUGAUGCGUCGCUGCUGGAACCGCAAGCCGAGUGAGCGGCCAGGCUUCGCCGAGAUCAACCACUGCAUCCAGCACAGCAUCGCCGAGAGCGAGUGCAAGGCAAUGCUCUAAGGGAUCAGCGGCGGGGCAAAUGAAAGG